GAUCCAGAAAGUUGUAUUUUCAGAAAUGUAAACACGCUUCAAGCACGUUGGGAAAGCGUCUGCUGUCACAAGUUUGAGCUGAAUCGAUUUAUUAGACCACGAAGGACUGCUCUAUGAAUUAUUCCAGCAUGAAAAGUCUCCAAUUGCUGUAUUGACAUGGACCGUUACUGGAAGGAACCCAUAAAUGGCACAACUGCAUUUUUCUCUGAGGAAAGCUUUACCCGAGUAUUAGGAAGUGUAUCCCUUCAAGAAAGACUAGCAAUCAAGUUUAAUGAAAUUCGGGGUGAUGUGCAAUCCCUUCCAGGUACCUCACAAUACCAGGCACAUGCAUCCAACACUGAUGCGACACCAACACAGGGGCCAAACAGGAAGGACCCUGGGGAUGAGGCUAAGAAAAAACAAGCACCUGCUUUGAAGAAGGAUGCAAUCAGUCAACCAGGACAAACGACAAAGAAUCCCAAAGCUCGCAAAUCCUCACUGAGUUGUAAGGAGCAGCGACGUUACCUGGAGCUGUUCCAGAAGUACCUGGUGUCGUACCGACCACAACAACCCACUCAGGCAGAGAUCAAGGAACUCACAGAGUUUGAGGCUCUCCAGCAUAGAGUAAACAGUGAACAGGCUGACUUCCUCAAGUACACCGAGCUCGUGGCCAACAGCAGAUACUUUGAAUAUGGCCACCUAGUGCCUGCAGCAAGGAAGUAUGUGGAUGAGAAGCUGAAUCAGCAGUGGCGACGUGUCGACCAGUAUGCCAGGUACUACGUCCCCCACAAGACCAUACAACUCUCUGUCCCCAGCAGUGCAGACUAUGCCCCCACACUGGAGCAUCAGAAACUGCUGCUGGAACUGGGUAGUUUCCCCAAGAUCUUCCUGCCUGACAUGAGCCGUGCACAGAUUGAACUGCCAGUGCUGUAUGACAAGAUCAACAAGCGGUUCCCUAGUACUGGCAGAAAGACCAGGAACAGCCAGGCAUGGAACCAUGAGGUAUGCAGCAGAGACAUCAAUGCCGAGAUUCUGGCAGAACGUCAUGGCUGUCAGCUCGUCACAUGUUCCGCAUCUCUCAAGUGUCUUGUUGACAACCACGCCCCCAAGUUUGACCGGGACUGGGAAAUCCCUGUAGUCAUCAAGCAGUAUGAACAUGACUACGGAGACAUUAGCACCAAGCAAAGAGUUGUCUACAUUGAUAAACCCUUUGCGCCUAAGGUGAUGACUAGUAGAGAAAAGAACACAAUGUAUCACAAGUACGCACUGAAGACAUUCAUCAGCCAUCCAGGCCUUCCUAAGGGGCAGCGUCUUGCCACACACAACACUCCUGCAACCUCAGCGAAGGAAGACAAGCACAGUAGGCCUAAAUCAGCAAACCCUUUUGAUGAGGAUGUGAACAUGGAAGACUUAGAAACAUUCGGUUCUUUUGACUUCAGCAAACCUGCCAAGACAGUGGAGAUGAAGAAUCAGGAAGGUUUGGUAGAUCUGGAAUCAUUUGGAAUUAUAACUGGAAAGAGACGUAAAUCUGAAACCAAGAUGGACAACCGUGAAACGAGUGAUAAAUCAAAAAUAGACAUAUCCAAACCUUUGGAUGGUAGAAAUGAUUCCAAAAUCAAUGCUUGUGAGCAGAUGAGCAAGAUAGGAAGUGAUAAGGAGGACUUUAGUGGAAGUAAAUCAGUUUCCUCAUCUGCCAGACCAUCUGAUGGUGGUUCUGAGACCAAGCAAACUGAUACUCCCAAACUUGACACCAGUGAUGCCUCAAAAGUGCCAAAGAAAGUAACAAGUGUACCUAAAGUUCCAAAAUUCAGUUCCUCUGGUGGAGAUACAUCGCAAGAGGAUUCGUUAGUGAUUGACCUCCCAGAAUCACCCAGUCCAUCUCCCCGCACAACAAGGUCAACAAGGUCACAGGCAAAGAAGAAAGAAUCAGAAAGUUCUGAGUCUAAGUCCUGCCCUGAAGUUGUUGCUGUGGCAGUGAGAAGUAGCCCUAGAUUGACCAGGCAGACAGAUGUGGGGAAGGAUCUGAUCUCAGACAGCACCGAUGAUGAGAGCGGACUCAUUAUUGACUUUGGAGAUGAAAAUGAAUCAGAAAAUGAGUCAACCAAGAGAAAGACCAGAUCACAAGGUCGGUCUGUGGAGUCAAAUGAGUUUCCAGUUCCAAAACGGAUUCUCAGAAAACGAAAAACUGAACAGAUGAGAACAUCUGUCGAGUCCGAGUCAGAUAAUAGCCCUGACAGACAUUCAUCUCGAGUCACAAGGUCAAGGUCAAAUUCAGAAUCCAAGGCCUGUGACGAUCCUGACAGUGUAGAAGCUGUUAAAGAGAAGGUCACGAAGACCUUGUCAGUUACUGCACCUGAUGACAGUGGUAAAGAUGGGUGCAAGGAACCAGCAAAAACUUCCAGUUUGGUGACUGAAGUUAGUCCCUCUAAAGUGGACACGAUUAUGAUGAAAACUUCCACUGAUGACCUCAGUCAGUUGCCUGCGACAAAAGAAGGCAAAGACAUGCCCCCUUCUGCCAAGAGGCCAGGGAGAAGAAAAACCAUGACAACAGCAGGAGUGUCACCACUGGACUCCAUCCUUCAGAUGCAGGAAAAGAUGUUGCCAACAGCAACCCGAGGCCAGGCUGGUUCAUCAGGACAAGACACAGAGGAGAACCUGUCCCAGUUUCGACAGCCCGAGGAACACAACACGUCUUACAAUCUAUGGAAUUUCUCCGGACUCAGCUUGCUUGUUCGAAAUUCAUGCCAUGGAAUCCUGAAGGGGCUCACCCAGAAGACCCAGCCGGUGCUGAUUGUCCCCAAGCUGGAGUACCAGGUGAAGUUCGGAGUGGAGCAGGUGACAAUCAGCGAGGUCUCCCGGGACUGGAUCUCCUGCUACACCAAACCCAGCACCAAGCUGGUUCGAGGUCGAAUUAAUGCAUUUACAUCAGAGCUGGUGAAGAUUGAUGAACUGGAGCUCAACUCAAUCGUCAAUCCGUCCCUGCCUUUCGUACCAAGCAACGCACUUGCCUCUUUACACAGUCUUUUCCUCAAUCUCACAGAGCUUCCUGUAGGUCAGUAUCUGCUGCGUCAUUCAAAGGGAGACAACUCCUGUCAGCUUCAGAAGCAGACAGAUAACAAACGGGGAUCGUAUGACCUCAAAUUCAGCUAUAUGGGUUUCGGACAGAGUGUUGCCCAGAAGACCGAGUCAAGUGUUCCAUGGAUCCCCAUCGACCCCACAGUGCUGCUCCCUGCUCACCGGAAAAGGGGGCGGAUCCCCUGCACAUUUGAGCCAUCAGAUUACAUCCCACAAAAACAGAGGAAGAUGAUGAACACCAAGAAUAAGAAGAACAAGAAAGGCCAGAAGAAAAAAAAGUCAAAGGGGAAGCAAGCUCUUCAGAAAAGAUGAAAUCGCUAUGUGGGAUUUUUGCUCGGUCAUUAUACAUGAUUUAUCGUCUCCUGAACAUGAUGUUCGUUGUGAGAUUUGUUGUGAGAAACAUUUCCUCUCAUGAUCAAGGCUGGGUGAAUGUAUGGUGCAGUUGUAUAAUGUGCUCACGGGCAGAGUUGUGUCCCUUUGACCUGCCAGAAACCUAGGAACGUGGGUUCAAACCUGGGAUUUGCCCUGAUGAUGUUUAUGGGUUUGUCAGUGCCCUGUACCUGCUGGUGGUCUCAUAGAAGUAGUGAACACUUAGACAUGUAUCAUGUCAGGCUUUCCUCCAGCAAUACACUGUGAUAUAACUGAAAUACUGUUGAAACAGCAUUAAACCAAACUCCCUUACUCAUAAUUACUUGUGUAACCAUUAAUUUAUUACAUUACAGUUGAAUAUUGUUAAUGAAAAUCGAACAUUUUGUACACCACAUACCUAUUAAAGAAAAUGACACAAGUGUUUUGUAUCUUAUGUUUGUGAAAUAUACACUUGUUAUUUUGUCUAAGCUAAUAAACUGAUAUUUGUA